UCAAAUGAUGAAAAUGUCGAAUUCAUCGAUGACAUUCAAAGAUUGAAAAGAAGCAAUAGAGGCUAUAUGAGAGGUCAAACUCAGUCACAGUACUUAAAUUUUGGAAAACCUGAACAAGAUGGCAAAGCUGAAGCAGAAGCUAACGAAAGUGGUUCCCGAUCAACAGUAUCUGGAAGUCACGGUAUGGGCCAAGCUCAGAGUCAAUUCUCUGUAGGCGAUUGUGGUGAAUGUGGAGGCAGCAAUGUAUAUGAUUAUAAUGCUGGUUCACCAGAUCCAUUGAUUUACGGUGGAGGAGCUGGGGCUUAUCAACCAACGACAACAUACACAGAUGGUACACCAUCAACCCUUAUUGGCAGACCAGGAGUUGGACAAUACGAUACCCAAGGACAAAUCUUAGCACCUGGUCCACAAGGUCAAUAUGGAAUUCCAGGUACAACAUAUGGACCUGGAGCUACACAACAAGGCGCAGAUAUUGGAGGCACUGGCCAACCUAGUAUUGGUGAUGUUGGACAACCCUCGAGUGGCCAAACAGGUUUGGCUCCACAGGAUAUAGUCUCCGGGCAACCGAGUUAUGGAUCAGGACAACCAGGCAUUGGAUUUGGACAACAAGGUGGAGAUCAAACACAACCAGGCUUUGGUCAACCUGGUUAUGGUCAACAAGGUGUGGGUCAACCAGGAUAUGAAGGUGCUGGUCAACCAACAGGACAACAAGGGGCCGAUCAACCAGCUUAUGGAGGUGUUACACAACCUACAGGUCAACAAGGUGUAGGUCAACCAGGUUAUGGUGGUGUUGGUCAUCCUUCCGGACAACAAGGUGUAGGCCAACCAGGCUUUGGACAACAACCAGGAUAUGGUGAUUCAGCUCAACCCACAGGACAACAAGGUACAAGUCAGCCUGGCUUUGGUCAGCAACCAGGUUAUGGUGGUGUGGGUCAACCCACUGGGCAACAAGGUGUUGGUCAACCUGGAUAUGGUGGUGUAGGUCAACCCACAGGACAACAAGGUGUUGGUCAACCUGGAUAUGGCGGUGUUGGUCAACCAACAGUACAACAAGGUGUUGGUCAACCUGGAUAUGGCGGUGUUGGUCAACCAACAGGACAACAAGGUGUUGGUCAACCUGGAUAUGGCGGUGUUGGUCAACCAACUGGACAACAAGGUGUCGGUCAACCAGGAUAUGGUGUAGGACAACCAGGAUAUGCUGGAGCAGGUCUACCUUCAGGGCAGCAGGGUUAUGGUCAACAACCUGGAUUUGGAGGGGUAACACAACCAAUUGGACAGCAAGGUUUUGGCCAACAACCAGGUUAUGGAGGAGUUACGCAACCCACAGGACAACAAGGUACAGGUCAACCAGGUUAUGGUCAACAGCAAGGACAACCAGGUUUUGGCCAACAACCAUCCGGACAACAAGGUGCAGGUCAGCCUGGUUUUGGCCAUCAAACAGGAGCUGGUCAGCCCGGAUAUGGCGGUGUUGGUCAACGAGGAACUGGACAACAGGGUGUCACUCAACCGGGAUAUGGUGGUGUCGGACAAACUGGUUAUGGCCAACAACAAGGAACUGGACAACAAGGCGUUACUCAACCGGGUUACGGUGCUCAAGGUGUUUCUGAACCUGGAUACGGCCCACAAGGUGUAACUCAACCAGGUUUCGGCCAACCUGGACAACAACCAGGCGUUGGACAAGUAGGUGGAAGUCAACCUGGCUUUGGCCAACAAAGACCAGGAUUCGGUACAGCACAACCUGGUGUAGGACAACACUCGUAUGGUCAACCCGGUCAAGGCCAGCAAGGUAUUGGUCAACAAGGCUACGGAAUUGGUCAGCCAACAUCCCAACAAGCAGGAUUUGGUCAAGGCGGCGCAAGACCGGGAUAUGGUACCCAAGGUGUGGGCCAAGCCGGAAGACCAGGAUAUGGACCGACAAUCGGUGCACAAAUUGGUGGUGGAAGACCAGGAUUGCUUCAACCAGGACAGCCUACAACCGGAAUGGGUAGACCAACACAACCUUCUCAAGGAGUAUCUAGACCUGGAUUUGGACAAGGUCAUGUAAGACCAGGAUAUACACAGCCACAAGGUCCUGGAACCGGACAAUUUGGUGUUGGUGGACCACAAACGGGCGGUGGCCAACAGUAUGUACCCGGCCAACAACUCAGACAACCAGGUUUGGCUCCUCAACAACCUGGAACAGGUGCAGGUGCUUCACCAACAUAUGGACAACAAGGAGCUGGUAGAAUACCAACCACUCAACCAGGUUAUGGUCCUCAACAAAUCGUACAGCAGCGACCAGGUCAGCCUGGUUACGGUGUACAACAAGGUGUUGGAAGCCAACAAGGUCCAGGGACAGGUGUACAACCAGGAUAUGGAACUGGCGUUUACCCAACUGGAACUGGUGCUCAGCAAGGAACAGGCGUUGGUACUGGCGUCGGAGGUCAACAAGGAGUUGGAGGUGGUUACCAACAAGUUGCCGGAACUCAUACCGGCUACCAAGCUGGAACUGACUCUGCUUACCAAGCUGGAUCUGGAUUACGCCCUAGUACAGGAGUACAACCAGGUACUGGAGCUGGCUCUGCAGUCCAACCAGGAGCAGGAGGUGUUUAUCGUCCAGGUACUGGUGUACAACCCAGUGGCGGAGUUGGUUAUCAACCCGGAACGGGUGCACAAACCAGACCCGGUGCAGGAUAUCAGCCAGGAACUGGAGUUCAGCAAGGAACUGGUGCUGCUGGCUAUCCAGCUGGAUCCGGAGUCCAACCAGGCACUGGGGCUACUUAUCCAACAGGCGCAGGAGCAGGAACUGGAAUGGGUACAGGAGCUGGAACACAACCAGGCAUUGGAGCCCGUUACCCAACUGGAACUGGAAUGGGAACAGGUGCCGGUGUACAACCUGGUGCAGGAGCUGGAUAUCCAACAGGAACUGGAAUGGGAGCAGGUGCUGGUGUGCAACCAGGUGCAGGUGCCGGAUAUCCCAGUGGAACUGGAAUGGGAACUGGUGCUGGUGUGCAACCUGGUGCAGGAGCCGGAUAUCCCACUGGAAUCGGAAUGGGAACAGGUGCCGGUGUACAACCUGGUGCAGGUGCUGGAUAUCCAACAGGAACUGGAAUGGGAGCAGGUGCUGGUGCUGGUGUGCAACCAGGUGCAGGUGUCGGUUAUCGACCAGGAAGUGGUGUUCAGCCGGGAACUGGUGUUGGAGCCGGUUACCCAACAGGAACAGGUGUUCAGCCAGGUGGUGCCGGUAGUGGAUAUCAACCAGGCGCAGGUGUACAACCUGGAACCACAGGUUAUCCUCAAGCAUCCGGAGUUCAACAAGGUGCUGGUUAUCAACCUGGUACUUAUGGCCCAACUGGCGGUAUUGGUCAAGGUGGCGUCGGACCUCAACAAAUAGUUCAACCAGGAUCUACAUUCGGUACUGGUGCUGGUGCUCAAACUCAUGUGUGGGAUAAAAAUAUAUUUAUUUUAGCUUCUGGCUCAGUCGGCGCUGAAGAUGCAUUCUCUCAAGCUGAAUCUUCGAUCAGCAAUGGCCAAGCUGCUGCCAGUGCUCAAGGCAAAAAGAACGGUGGUACAGCUAAGACACAAGUUCAGGGUACUUAUAGUUCGACUGGUUCGUUUAGUGCCAGUGCUAUGACAUCAGAUAAUGACCGUUCUGCCAGCUCUCAAGUCACCGGAAGUUCAGAAGGUGCCAUGAGUCAGUCUCAAGGUCAAGGCGGUGCAGCUCAGUCACAAGCUCAAGUACAAGUCAAUGAAAAGGAUGGUGGCACUAAGGCGUCAUCACAGAGCGGUGGUUUAAUACAUCAAAGUCAAAGCGAGGUUCAAGCUAAUGACAAGGGUGGCUUAGCCGAUGCUCAAUCCAGCGGCCCCGGACAAACAUCUUCUCAGGCUCAAAUCGGCUUCCGUCCAGGUCAAGAUGAUGAAAUUGUUCAAUCAACUGGAGGUGGCCAGGCUUCUGCUCAAUCGGGUGCUCACUCCGGUCAAAGUCAAUCGCAAAUUCAGGGCACAUCCAAAUACGGUGUUUCUUAUCAUGGAGCUGCUCAAUCUGCUUCUGGUACCAAGGAACAAGUUGCCACCUAUCGCGAACAAAACCGUGAACUCUUCAAUACCAUCAGCCAAUUUGGAAACACUGAAGCAGUAACUGAUCGUGUCGACACCAUGUAUAAUCCUCAAACUGCUCUCACAUCAGAAUCUGAUGCAAUUCCUGAUUUGCAAUUGAAAGCAGCAAAAACACCCAAAGAAGCACCAGCAUCAACCAACAAACUCGACUUACCAGAAGAAGAUGAAUAUGAAGAUGAAUACGAGGACGAUGAUGAGUUAUAUAAUGAUAACGAAACACCGCUAAGUAUGGAGGAAGAAGAAGCCAAAAGUUCCAAUCUAGCUAAAUCCCAAGUAAAGAAACCAUACAUUCCCACACCAUAUGUCACCCACACUCAAACGUCACCGACACAAACACAACAGGUGGCUGUUCCCAAGUCAACAAGAAAAUACAACGUCGAACAAAAUCAAAAUGGUCGUGUUCAAACAUAUCCCAUUCGAUCAACAACGGAAACCGUCCCCAGUGGUUUCCGUGGUUCCGUCAAUACAGAAAAGAAAUUCCAUACCAAAUCGCUGGAACCUCACAAGACCGGCAACAAAGUAAAUAUUACCGCGGACGAAAAGAGUUCCGAAUCGAAGAAUCCUCGCAAACCGGAUAGUUAUGUAACCGUCACAAAAUCCGUAACCGGUAGCAUGGACAAUACAAAGAGUCCCCCGGAGAACAAUAAGAACUUUGAAUCCACCUACUAUACGAAAUCUUCCACCUGCGGCUAUUUCACCUUCUCCUGUAACAUUGUCUACGGUGUCAAUGGACGCAGCAAAAUCUGUCGUCCCAAGGCACCGGCCAAUGGUAAAUGUUAAGCAUC